CGCCCCCGCCGCCAGCUCGCCUCACUUAUGGGUCGGAAGCGCUGCGUGGGGGAGACUGUUCCAAGAUGGCGGCGGGUUGCUGCGGGGUGAAGAAGCAGAAACUGUCCAGUUCGCCCCCCUCUGGCUCGGGUGGCGGUGGUGGCGCCUCCUCCUCCCACUGUAGCGGAGAGAGCCAGUGCCGAGCUGGGGAGCUAGGACUAGGAGGCGCCGGUACGCGGCUCAACGGUCUGGGAGGUCUAACCGGAGGAGGUAGCGGCAGCGGCUGUACCCUCUCUCCCCCCCAGGGCUGCGGCGGCGGCGGCGGGGGGAUCUCCCUGUCCCCACCUCCGAGCUGUGGAGUGGGAACCCUACUUUCCACCCCGGCCACCGCCACCUCUUCCUCGCCCUCCUCAUCGUCUGCCGCCUCGUCCUCAUCGCCAGGCUCCCGGAAGAUGGUGGUGUCAGCGGAGAUGUGCUGCUUUUGCUUCGAUGUGCUCUACUGUCACCUGUACGGCUACCAGCAGCCCCGGACCCCCCGGUUCACCAACGAGCCCUACCCACUGUUUGUAACAUGGAAGAUUGGUCGAGACAAAAGAUUGCGUGGAUGCAUAGGUACUUUUUCUGCCAUGAAUUUGCAUUCAGGACUCAGGGAGUACACACUUACCAGUGCCCUUAAAGAUAGCCGUUUCCCCCCAAUGACAAGGGACGAGCUGCCACGGCUUUUCUGCUCAGUGUCUCUGCUCACUAAUUUUGAAGAUGUCUGUGAUUAUUUGGACUGGGAGGUGGGUGUACAUGGCAUUAGAAUAGAAUUCAUCAAUGAAAAAGGAUCAAAACGCACCGCCACCUACCUACCGGAGGUUGCAAAGGAGCAAGGAUGGGACCAUAUUCAGACCAUAGACUCCUUGCUGAGGAAAGGAGGAUACAAAGCUCCGAUUACUAAUGAAUUCAGGAAAACCAUAAAACUGACCAGGUACCGUAGUGAAAAGAUGACCCUGAGCUAUGCUGAAUACCUUGCUCAUCGCCAGCAUCAUCACUUCCAAAAUGGCAUUGGGCAUCCCCUUCCACCAUACAACCAUUAUUCCUGACACUGAGCCGCACAACCAGUCACUGGGCCUCUCUGCAGACCUCUUCCCAGGAGACCCUACACCUUCUUGGUCUAGCUAUCUCUUUUACUGUACCAUUUUAUGAUGAUAGUUUCCGUUGCCAUGGUGAAACUUUGACGUAGUCAAUUAAGAUCAUCAUGGUAACGGAUAGGAAAUGGCAUUUAAGAAGAUCCUGUUUUAUUAUUUUAGAUCAUUGACUUUUUUUGCAGCAUAUAUAACUUUUGGGUUUUUCUUUCCUUACAAUAUUAUAUAGAAUUUUGCUUUUCUUUCUGAGUCAGGUUUCUGUCCUCACCCCCCUUCCUUCCUUCUUUUGACUGUGGAUGGAAGAAAGUGUGAAGUUUAAGGAUUUUAUUUAGGUUUGUGUCAAGCCUUCCUCAGUAACAUAGUUACUUUUUGAUAGCAGAAUUUGGUUAUCAUUCGUAUCAACUUUCAGGUAUUUGUGUAUUACUCAUGAAUUUGUCUGAAAUUCACAUUGCUACGAGAGCGUAGUAUUUGGUUCUUCACUCUGUAAGUAUGUGUUUUUCCCAUGGUUAAAACAUAUGAACUUUAGUUCUAAUCUUGAGCAUUCAGAGGCCCAUGAUAGGCCUUGUCACAGAGAGUGAAAAAUCCUUUAUGCCCUACUGUGCUGGUUAUCAUAGAAAGGAGAGAUUGCCUCAUCACUUUAUAGAACCAAUUUAUAAACUAAAACACAGUUUUAAGAAAAUACAAGUUACCUUUCAAAUAGGCCACAGAAACCAUUUUGAAGAGCAGCAAAUAUUAGAAGAGAGCAGAUACAGAAUUUAGUGCCUUUAAGAAUAUAAUUAAAUGGAAUUAAGAGGGGGUAAGAAAAAGGCAAUUUAGAGAAAUAUUCUUAUAAAAAGUUUAUUGUUGCUAUAUGUGAAACAACAGAUUAGACAAAUUCCUUACUCUUAAGUAUUUUUUUAAGAUGGAAAAAUUAUUUUGAGCAAAUAACCAAAAAGAGACAUUUUUCUAUUUUAUAUUAAUUUAAAUUUGUUAGCUUUAGGUUUCAAUAAAUCAUCAUUGGCCAGAUACAAUUUUAGCUGCCAUCUAAGGAUAUGGUAAAGAUAAUCUAAGGAAAUAUAAAUUCAUAUAUGCCGUGAUUUCAGAUAUGUUUGUCAUGGGGUUAUAUAAUAAUACUAGAGUUUUAGAGAUACUAUAAAAUAGUUUGAAUCUCUUUGUGCACUACAGAUUCUUGAUUGAAUCAUGUUUACUAUGUUGUUAACAUGUAUUAGACCUGUAAAAAUAGAGUUGGUAUUCAGAAAUGCUAUAGGUAGAGCCCAGCUCAUUUGCAGAGCUAGUCUUCCCAUGAUGCAUAUGAAGAGAACUUAACAGAUGUCAAUAGGAGGGCUGUAUGUAUUUCCCCAGGAAAAAUAACAGAAAAUUCUAGAGAAAGACGAUUUUUCAUUGUUUGGUAGUAAAUAUAUAUAUAUAUAUACACACACACACACACACACACACACACAUAUACUUGGGAAAAUACAUACUUUUUAAAACAGGAAACAAAUAUAUCAAGUGAUAAAAUAUGCCCCAGAAUGGAUACUAUAAAACUGCAAGAAAUGUCACUGAAUAUCAAGUUGAUACAGCUUAUAUAUUUAGUUGCUGUGACAAGUGACAGACUGCUAGUUUAGAAUUCAAAAAUUAUUUUCUAGUUUGUGAUAUAAUUGGCUAAAUUCCUUCCGCUUGCCUCUGGGGCAGAGCAAACUGCUGUAGCUUUUGAUGAGAGUUCUUAGAUGUUUGUUGGUAUUCCUUCAUCCACAGCAUCCAUUGUUGAAAUAACUAUUUUCAGUUGCCUUAACUAAGAAGCCAAUUGUUAGCCUGAAAUACAAUCUAGGUAGCCAGUUCUAUUGAGCUGAGAGAUAAGUCAGAAUAAGUUAGCUAACAUCGGGCUUUGGAAAGGGAUUUUUUGAGUCCUGUUGUUUCUACUUGGGGGCAUUUUGAAGCAGAUUAGUCUUUCAGUAAACAAAACAAAUGGCUACCUGAUGGAAACUUUCUCUUGCCCUUAUAGGGAAACUGAGCACAAGCUAAAUGAUACUGUCUGCUGCAAAAAAAAAAAAAAAAAAAAAAGUAAAAAAAAGCAAA